GUUUAAUAAAAGCUGAUUGUUUCACCGGUAUCUUGUCAGCCGUCCACACUCUCAUUUGGUGCAACGCAGGAAAGCGAACACUAUAAAGUUAAAAUGGCAGACAGCGUAGAAAAUGAAAUCGCCGAUGCAAGCAAUCGAGAUGAGCCUCAGCCUCCUGCUGAAGAUGAGACACAGCCAACCAAGCCCAACAAAGAGGAGAAAACAGAAGAGGAAAAAAGAAAAGAGACGGAGCUUGAUAAAUAUUGGAAAGCUGUAAAAGAUAACCCUAUGGACUUCACUGGCUGGACCUAUCUUCUGCAGUACGUAGAACAAGAGGGUGAUGAAAAGACGUGCUCCAUUGCCUAUGAGGCUUUCUUUCAACGUUACCCAUACUGUUAUGGAUACUGGAAGAAAUACAGUGAUAUGUUCAAAAAGCAUGGAGAUCUCAUAAAGGCUGCUGAAGUAUUUGAACGGGGACUCAAGGCAAUACCGCUUAGCAUUGACCUCUGGUUGCACUAUGUCACCUUCUAUACCACAGAGUUUAAUGCUGAAGAGAAUUCAGAAGAAAAGCUGAGAAAGCUUUAUGAGCGGGCUAUUGCAGCAGCUGGAACAGACUUUCGUUCAGACAAGCUGUGGGACUCAUACUUAUCAUGGGAAAAAUCCAAAGAGCGGUUGCGUGCAGUCACUAGCCUUUAUGACAGAUUGCUUCGAGUCCCCACACAGUUAUAUAGCCACCACUUUGACAGUUUCAAGGCUCAUAUCAACAAACAUCAUCCCAAAGAUGUUCUAGACUUGGAUGAGUUUCUGCGAGUGCGGCAGGAGGUGGUGGUCAAAACUCACAACUACACAGGCGAUGAUGAGGAUGUGGGACUUGAUGUUGCUCUGGGAAUAGACGGGCCACCCGGUACUGAUGCUCCACCAGGAAUGGAUACUUCGAUUGAUGAAGCUGAAAUAAAGAAAGUAAGGGCAAAGGUCAUUGAAAUAAGGGAGGCGGUGUUUAAACAGAAUGAAAGUGAAGUCAGCAAACGAUGGACCUUUGAAGAGGCAAUCCGAAGACCUUACUUUCAUGUAAAACCUCUUGAACGUGCUCAGCUAAAAAAUUGGCGUGAAUAUCUGGACUUUGAGAUCGGCACUGGCAGCCAUCAGAGGAUUGUGGUUCUGUUUGAGCGUUGUAUGAUUGCCUGUGCAUUGUAUGAAGACUUCUGGAUGAAGUAUGCCAAAUAUCUGGAACAACAUAGUAUCGAGGGAGUAAGAAAUGUUUACAGGAGAGCUUGUGAGAUUCAUCUGCCUAAGAAACCUUAUAUUCACUUGGCAUGGGCUGCAUUUGAAGAAAGACAAGGUAACUACAAAACUGCUCAAGAGAUUUUGUCUCUUUUAGACAAAAAUGUACCUGGUCUUGUUAUGGUUGCCAUGCGACGCAUCAGCUUGGAGCGGCGGCAAGGAAACCAUGCUGAGGCUGAACGUUUAUUUCAGGAGUACAUAGAAAAAACAACUAGCAACAAAUCACGCACCUUUUUUUCUAUUAAAUAUACUCGAUAUUUACAGAAGGUCCGUGGAGAUACAGAAAGGGCUAGGCAAAUAAUAAAAGAGGCUGUUGAGUUAGACAAGCAAAAUGAACGCCUUUUCCUGCAGAUGCUAGAUGUUGAAUAUCAAGCUCAGCCAGUGGAUGAAGAGCAUGUCCUUGAUGUCUUUCAGACUGUUCUAUCCAGUGACCUGUCUCUAGAAUUCAAGGUCAAGAUUUCUCAGCGGCGUAUGGAAUUUUUGGAAGACUUUGGUACAUGCAUACGCAGGAUAACAGAAGCAUAUGAUGAACAUCAGAAACUAGUGAAAGACAUGAAUAGUGGCAAGAGGAAAAACUCAGAAACAGGUGAUGAACCUGCUGAAAAGAAAGUGAAAUCAGAUUCAACUCCUAAUGGAAAUGCAGAUCCAUCAGUAGGUGUGAUCGCAGAACAAGCCCCAUCAUACACUGGCUAUCCUGGAUGGGGUUCAUAUCCUACUUACCAGACAUACCACUCACAGUGGGGAUAUCCUCCUCCACCACCGCCACCACCCAGUUACAACAGUGGUUAUAAUUAUUACUGAACUAUGGUGUAACUACAAUUUCAUCAAACACAGGCAUUUGUCCAUCAUUUGUACAUGACUACAUCUAGAAUGAUCAACCCCAUUAGCACUUUGUUGUGGGAGGUUUCAAAAGCUGCUUUAGAGCAAACUGUUCUUUUAAAAAUAAAGAAUUGUUAAAACUGCUUUUCCUAUCACACCUCUUGGAUAUUGUAAAAAUGUGGAUGAAAAAUCCAAAUGAAAUAUAUUAUUUGUUUUGAUUGCGAAAUUGGAUUAAUUGUUUUUUGAAGUAAAGAUAUUUGUGUCAACAUUUGUAAACAUGGAUGGAUUGCUUGAAUUGAUUGGAGCCUUCCUAUAUGCAUUUAGCAUUAAAUAAGCUAAAAAUACAAAA